ACAACCUACUUGAUGCACAUUAAAAUGAAAAAGAUGAUAUAAAUUGCGUUUUUGUUGUUUUUGUAAUUUUAGAUUGAUAUAUUCUUGGUUGCAAUUCAAAUGAAUCCGCCUAAAGUCUCUCUCAAGGGUUAUACAGUGGUGAAUCGGGAAUUGGUAACAGCGAGCGUCGCGACUAUUGCUAUUUACUUAAUUGUUUUAUUACAAUUCAAAAUAAGUUUACUCAAUAUGCGAGGAUAAAUGAAAAGUUGUUAUAGUAACGUUUAGUUGACAACACAAACACAUUUUUAGGUCAAUAUCAUUCGAUUUAUCAAGGGUUAGUAGGAUAAAAAGCACUGACACGCAAUGAACACACACAUAUUUUUAUUUAUUAUUAUUAUUAUUGUAUUAAAUAUACAUUGUGAAGAGGAAAUUGGUUUGCCUGAAGAAUAUAUUUGUGAUAAAGAUGGUAGUGUUAAAAGUAAUGACAUGACCACCAUAAGAUUGUGGACUAAAAAUGCACAAAAUUACAAAUUUGACGUUAGUUUUCAAACAAUUGGACAAAAUAAAUGUCAAAAUCAACAACGAUGCACUCUUAUGAAUUGGAAAUCGGUGAGAGAUUUAAACAAUUAUCUCCAGAAAUACCCUUUAGGGGAAUUACAAAACGGUUUAGUUCUAAUUAAUAAUACAAUGUUAAUACCUGGCAUUAAAUACAUCCUCAAUGUCAAAAUUUUCAAUGCGGGUAACCCAAUCGAUGAAAAAACCCUAACUUUCUAUGUCAAACAAAACGUCACAAAACCAAAAGUGUCUCUUUUGUUAUCGGCUCCUGACACUUGCUAUGCUUACUCGAUUUUUGUUAUAAACGCACGUGUUAACAUUUGUACCAACUUAACAACAUAUUAUUUUGUUUGGGAAUUGACAAGUAGUGUUGGUAGUACUGUGUUUUCAUCACACAGUUCUGAUUUAGUGAUACCACCUGAUACGUUUCAAGCUUUAGAAAAUUACACGAUUUGGUGUCAUUUGAUUAGUUUAGAUGGUACUACUGUUACUGAGAAAUUUAAAAAAAUUAAUGUUUUGAGUAAGGGUUUGUUGGUGAGGCUUCCUGUCAAACAUUUGACUACAAAAACUGGUCAAAAUGUACGAAUUAGGGCAAUUUUACGUGAUUUUGAUAAUACCAAUGGUGACAUAAAAGUGGUUUGGAAUUGUUUAGAGGCCAUUACUGGUGAUAAAUGUGACGUCACUAGUGAUAAUAGUGAAUUGGAGACGAAGUUUACACCUGGAUUAUACGAAAUUUCGGUACAAGUCUCUAGUGAAACGGAUUCGUGCACAGUUGAGGUUAAAAAUGACGUCCCUGUUGUUGAAUUUGAGGAAAUUGAGUUUCCUGUAAACACUGGAGUGGAAAUUCAUGCGACAAUUUACGAAUUACAGUCUUUUUGUACUUUACAAUGGAUGUCACCAGAUCUAGAUCUCAGUGUGGUGCCUGGAAAUAUUAUAAAUGUCACAAUGAAAGAAGAUUUAUUUUUGAAUGAAUUGGAAGGGUUUAGUAAUGAAACGUUUGACCGGAAAUUCAAUUUAAUAAUACCGCCAGCGUCCGAUAAUUGGGAGGGUUUGAAAGGCGAUGCUAAAUAUUUGUUUCGUUUAGUUAUCAAAUGUCCAAAUUUUGAAGAAAUCAAUGAAACUGAAUCGGUUUUAACCGUUUCAACAAGUGACGUCAUUAUAGAAACAAAUGCACCACCAAAAAUACAACAAUUGGAUGUAACCCCCCUUGAGGGUGAUGCUUUUUUAACAACUUUUACUUUUAAAACUAGCAGAGCGGAAGAUAAAGAUGGCGAUGCUCCAAUUUUGUAUAAAUUCGGUUAUAACCUAGAAAAUCGUGACGUAAUUUUAUGCAACAUGGCUGAUGUUACUAACUGUGACGUUACUUUACCUUUUUCUGACGAGGGAAUACAAACUUUUUUGGAAUGUUGUGACAAUUUUAAUUCCUGUGGACGUGUUUUGGGACCACUGAUACGAACAAAAUUCCCCGAAAAUGUCGAUAAUACAAUAAUUUUGCAAGGAUUUAUGAAUAAAAUUCUUGGUGAGGAUUAUAAUAAAGCAUUUAUUGAAGCUUUUGGUAUUUUACACAGUGUGAAUAAUUCACGUGAGGCAAUCACACAAAAAAUUGACGAAACAAUUGACAGGUAUUUAAAUAUGGUGGAUUUGACAGACGUUACAAAAUACAGUGUCGCCAACUUAAUGAAAAAUAUCAACGAUUUCAAUCCACAAUUGCAACUCUCUGAAUCAAUCCUAAACAAAGUUUUAGAAUUGAGAAACAAAUUUUCCGACGAUGAUUCUUCAUACACUCAACGCAAACUGUUAUCAAUUCGCCCAAAAAGGGCCCCCAUGACCCUCUACGAUGUCCGCAAUUACCUCGAAAUCUCCGAAUUGAUUAUAACAACAGCAAGCGAUCCUAACAAAAUCAAAUUCGAGAAGGAAAAACUCCGUAAACAAUUACGCAAUUACAUGGAGAAACUUUGCACUAACCUAAAAAAAACACUCACUUUGGAACUAAAAACCCUAGUUUUUGGUGUCGAAAAACUGACAAAAAAUAAUUUCAUUUCGGUGCCUUUUGACGGAAAUUCGUGGCAAAUUAACGCAAGGAUUAAAUUGGGAUUUGAUAAAAACACAAAGGGCAAGUGUGUCGGAAAGGCGAUUUUUAGGGAUUAUUUGGAUAAAAAUGGGAUUAUUUUUUUUGCGACGAUUUUAAAUGAGAAUGAGGGAGAGGGCGAUGUUUUGGUUUAUUUACCCAAAAAUAACACAGCUGAAGGGGUGCCAACUUGUCUAGUUUAUGGUAAUAAUGGAUGGAAAAGUGACUGCAAAGUUGUUCAAAAUAUCGGAAAUUUUGUCAAAUGUUCAUGCAAAUAUUUGGGUUAUUAUUAUUUGGAGUAUAAACAACUAGUGAGGGUUUCGACGACAGUGUUACCAACUGAAAAUCAUCCAAAUGAGACACUAGGGAAGUUUUUGGAUGGGAAUAACAAUAAUACUAAGAAUUAUGAUACGAUUUCGUAUGUCGUAAUCGUGAUUUCAGUUAUUGGAAUAAUAAUACUUGUGAUAACGAUAAGAAAAGUGUUUCAUGAUGAUGAGGAUGAUGAAGACGAAACGUUUGAUUUUCCUAAAUAUGCACAAUUACAUAAUGAGGAAUACUUAAAUGACAUGCAUAUUUAAUUGCACUUGUGUCUUGCCAACUUACAAGCACUAAAAUUACUAAUUGUAUCACGUGACAAUCUUUGUUGGUUUUAAAAUCUAAAAUAAAUAAUUAUUGCAGUUA